CGACCGGGUCCGCUUGCUCUGUGAUUCUUGAAGGCACAAGAAGUCACAACAAAGGGCACGUAAGGUUAUAGUACUUGGUCAGUUUAUGUGUGCGUGAGUGCAUAUUAAAUGUGUCUGUUUAUUCAUACCACAAUUUGCAGCAUCCUAAGAUAAUGAAGAUUGAUACUGCAAGUAAAUAGUAUGUUCCAAGCCAGAGUCUACCUAAAUGACAUUUGUUGUAGUAUUGCCCCACUUUGUUGACCAGUUUUCGUGUUGUAGAGCUUUUCACGGCUUAGACAGUUAGGAGCUUGCAUGGCAAACUUCAACCUUGUUUGCAUGGCGAUCUUCAACCUUGUCUCUAAUUGAUGUGUGGAACUGGCUGAUGAUCUAUGUCAAAAUAGAUACUGGAGAUAGUGAAUUCCAGCUGUAUGAUGACUUAGUGCUUUUCAUUAUACUCAUCAUCGAUGUACAAAAAAAAUAUGCUGCCGGGUAAGCAUGAGUAUAUACAAUGUGCAUGAAGUGUUACUCUUGAUUACAGAACAAGUUUGCUGUGAACAAAGCUAGUGCUGUUACUGAUGUACGAAAAAGUCGAGUGCAAGUAAAGAACAAGGGAGUGCAGACAGAAAUUGGGUCACUUGACCAUGAAAUGUGUACAUCAGAGGAACCACCAUUGGAAUACUGGAAGGUUUUGGCUGAACAAAGACGACAGGCUCUUGCUGAAACAUUGCAGGAAAAUGAGGAGUUGCACUCAGAGAACGAGACCCUAAGAAAGAAAAUUGCAGAGUUAGAGAGAAGACUGGAGAACAAGGAUUACUUUGCCAUGAUGUAUCAGAUUGCUUGCAAUGACAGUACACAGGACCAGUAAUAUCAACUGUGGUCUUCAUUCCAGCAUUAUUGCAUUUUUGUUUCCUUGCCAUUUUAUCACUCUUCACAAUAUUGAGGAAUAGUGCUGAAUGAGACAAUAAUAGUACGUAGAUAUAAGCUUAACCUUUGGACGCCAUGGGUAUUCCUUUAAUAAGCAGAAAUCAUGUACAAAGAUAGCCCUAUAAAUAUAAGACAUAUGGAGGCUCUGGACACAAUUAUUUGUCCGUGGCUGGUUAAGUGUAAUGUGAAAAUUCCCUAGUGACAUUUUAGGCAUAACUUCACUGUACAAGCCCUA